AUGGAAGACUUGCUCUACUACUCCCUCGCCAUAGCCGUCUGCAUCGCAAUCAUCCCCCUCCUCUCCUCCCUCCAAAACUCAAUUUUUUCUUCCUCUAUUGUUUAUAUUGCCGGACCAACUUCGGCAUCGAGAAAUUCGAUAAUUUCGGUGGUGGCCGAAAUUUUGGCGAUACCGAAAUUAAAAACCUUGGUCCUCUCCGCCGCGCGGUCCCGGUACGGCCCGGUCUUCACGCUCUACCUGCUGCCGUCCCGCCCGGCCAUCUUCGUCGCCGACCACGCCGUGGCGCACCGCGCGCUGGUGCAGCGCGGCGCCGCCUUCGCCGACAGGCCCCCCGCCAGCCUCCCCUUCCGGAUCUUCUCCAGCGGCCAGCGCAACAUCACGUCCGGCGCCUACGGCCCGCUCUGGCGCGCGCUCCGACACAACCUCACCAGCAAGGUGUUCCACCCGUCGCGCCUGGGCCGGUUCGCCGCCGCCCGCCGCAAAGCGCUCCAGGGGCUCGUCGCCGGCGUCGUGGCGCAGCAGAUGCGGGGAGACGGGGUGGUCGUCGUCGAGGCGCUCCUGCACCGGGCCAUGUUCCACAUCCUCGUCACCAUGUGCUUCGGCGAGCGCCUUGCGACCGACGCCGUCGUCGCGGCCGUCGAGGCGCUGCAGCGGGAGUUCCUCACGUCGGUGCUCGGCUUCCAGGUGCUCGACGUGUGCCCCGCGCUCACCAGGCUCCUGUUCCGGCGCCGGUGGAAGCAGAUGAUGUCCCUCCGGCGCCGGCAGGAGGAGCUGUUCGCGCCUCUCAUACGGGCGUGUCGCGCGCAACGGGACGCCGGCGACGGCGUGGACGACACGACGACGUACGUGGACACGCUCCUCGGCCUCCAAAUCCCCGAAGACGGCGGCGUCAGGAACCUCACGGAGGGCGAGAUGGUGAGCCUGUGCGCCGAGUUUGUGGCCGUGGGCACCGACAACACGGCCACCGAGGCGCAGUGGAUCAUGGCCAACCUCGUGGCGCAGCCGGAGAUCCAAGCGAGGCUCCGUGCCGAGAUCCACCAGGUCACGGCCACCGGCGGCAGCGCGGGCGUCCAGGAGCAGGACCUGCCGCGGAUUCCGUACCUUCGCGCCGUCGUGCUCGAGGGGCUCCGGCGCCACCCGCCGGGCCACUUCGCGAUCCCGCACGCCGCGACGGGCAUCGACGACGACGGCGGCGGGCUGUCGCUCGAAGGCUUCCUCGUUCCGAGGCGCGCGUCCCUCAACUUCCCGCUCGUCGCGUUGGGGCUCGACGAGGCGGUGUGGCCGGACCCGCUGCGGUUCCGUCCGGAACGGUUCCUGCCCGGCGGCGAGGGCGCGGACGUCGACCUCACCGGCGCGAAGGAGGUCAAGAUGAUACCGUUCGGCGCCGGGCGGCGGAUCUGCCCCGGGAUGGCGCUCGCGCUGCUGCACCUCGAGUUCUUCGUGGCCAGCCUCGUCGCCGAGUUCGAGUGGCUCCAGGUGCCCGGUGAGCCGGUGGAGUUCGCCGAGAAGCAGGAGCUGUCCGUCGUGAUGCGCCGCCCGCUCCGUGCCACCGUCGUCCGGUGA